CUGCCGACCACGCCCCUCUGCCGAAGGGAGGGGGAGUCAAGCGGAGGAGUGCAUCCUCCCCUCCUGCCUGAAACAACAACAACCCCCACUGUAACAAUGACUACAGCUCCGACAGAAACAGCAACAGCGACAACUCGCGAAGAAAUUGAUCAGCCUGCAGCAUCAAGCAGCCCAGUCAUCGGUCCGCAGAGUGCAGUUCAUGCUACCACCUAUUACGCUCGUUCCAGAGCCGAACUGCAGAAUUUGUGUAGAGAAUCCAGGAUCCGAUCCGAAGAAACUCUGGCUGUGUGGUUAGGACGUCUAGUCGUGGAACUUGGGUCCGACCUCCUGGACCAGGAAGAAGCAAGCUUCUUGGUGAGACAAGCUUCAUGGAGAAGGGGACAUGUCACCGACAUCGACAUGGUGGCGUUUAGCGUCCACUGGCCUAUUCCAAUUCCAGCGCUUGUGGCAGGAGUGAUCGAACAAAAGGCCCACGUAUGGCACGAUGGACGACCAGAGCACACCGGUGCAGAACAGCUUGUACUGGCUAUUAUCGGAGUUUCAUAUUGCGCCUGGAACCCAAGAGAAUGCACGUUGGGACUAACACCGCUCCAACAAAUGCGACCAUGGCCUCACCGUCACCUGCGAGACCCUGGAACCGUUCCAGUGACUCUCGACAGCAUAGAUAGUUGUCUUAAGGUUUACGGGCAAAGAAACAUCGUGGUUUUGCGGAUUGUGCUGAACCCACUGGUCGAUCAUCCUGUGAGUAGUCUCCUUCAUCAGUUGUCAAGACUGCGCGUCCUAAUGGAGCCAAGACUAUCCAGUGAUCGGGAGUGUCAACGCCCGACUGAGGCUCAGAACACGAAACACCGCGAAUCCGAGCGUCCAGUAUUACGCCAGAGAACGCAAGAGGAGAGAUACGUGUUUGGAUUCCUCCUGCAGCGUUCUGGACUUAAUAAGAGACAGCUUCGGAUCUUGGGAGACGUGGGACAAUGGCAGCUAGCCUACGAGUUAGGUUUUCACUAUCUAGAAGAAAGCGAUGAGGACUCCUCGACGAUUUCGUCGAGUUGCUGAGUCGGAAAAGAGAGAGAGCUGUCCAGUAUAGAAUCGUGUUUACAUAUCUGUAUUUAAUAGUGAUGAUAAGUUUAAUCGACUGCAUUAUCGUGCGGUCCUGUGUGAUUUUAUAAAUAGUAGUGGAAUAACCAUUUUAAGAGAGUUCUUUUACAGAUCAGGGAUUCGGAGUGCGUGGUGGAGAGAGGCCCCGAGAGGGACAACAACACCGAAAGGAACGAAGGCCUGACGCGCGAUUCCACCAUGACGCCCACUGAAGUCAUGAUCGUCCAGUUUUUUGUUAUGAAUAUGAUUUUAUGUAUAUGUGUGUGUGCCGGCUAUUAUUUAAUUCGAUCCCUUGAGGACGAACUUUUAUUGUUGACUGAUUUUGUUUUUGCUCGUUUAGUUUCGCGAACCAUUGACAGAGCUGUUAAUAACCCGGAUGAUAGGUUUGAAGUAUAAUUCUAUUGUGCCUUCAGCAAGGGGGGAUGUCAUGACCCAAAGGUCUGAUUUUUUGUGUGUGCUUCGGCACUAAGAAUUAUCCUCGUGGGUUUACAGCUUCAUGGCACGGAGAAGUUCUGCUGCACAGAGAACCCGCGUGCAAAGGAAUGUUCCCGCCACUUUGCAGCGGUCUUUGCAGGGUGCAUUUUCUUUGCAACACAGAAACGCACGGUGCAAAGGAGUUCCCGCUCUUUGCAUGCAAAUUCGUGCCCCACAAUUGGCUAGUGCUAAAUUAUUCCCAUGUGGCGGCUAGCGAUUGGCCUGCUAACCGUAUAAGAGGCUUGAGCAGUUUCUGCCCAAGCCAAAGAGGACUCCACAUCCAUCUCGUGGGGACUCUGGGUGUGCGCGGCAGGGUAAUAGAAACCCUGUGUGUUGCUCAGAGGAGUUUGACAGCCUGAUCCACCGCCCACCUCUUCCCGUCUUCGAACGGAACCUUCUAUAAGACGUAUCAACGAGUUUUAUGCGCGCUUGUCCUGGACAUCCGGAGUUCUGUCUGCGUGGAGCCUAGCAAACUCCGCGUGUGUUCGUGUUUUCUGUUGUAACCGCAACUCAAGCAAGUUCUCAGCCUGCACCGCGACCAUCUCGGUUUAACAUCUGGAAAUCAAUAGAAAACCAACAUAUGUGAUGGUAAACCAAGGACAGUCCCAAUGAAAAAAGAAUGUUAACGAAUACAGAUAAACACCAAAGUUUAUUAAGGGUUAGAAUUAACCUGGGAGAAGGACACUUGAUUCCUUGCUUGUCCAACAGCUCUCUAACUGGCCAGCUGGUCCAAUAAAAGAUACUGCAAAAAGUCCUUGUCGGUCACGAUAGUAAGAAAAGAAACAGUGACACUGGACUGUACAUAGUAGAGCUGCAAACAAUUCAACAGAACAUGCACUGCAGGAACCAAAAGGGCAGAGCAACUUAUAGGCAGAGUCUGGAUCCUCUGUGAUGACGAAUGGGCAUUUACCACCUGUGUGCUGCAAGGAGCUUCCCAUUUACCCUGAGUGACAGGUGGGUCUUGGAUAACAUCUAGGGCUGGCCAA